GCCUACUGCGGGAAGAAACCCGGACUCCGGACUCUACCAACAUUGCCGGUCUGCAUGUUCCCUGGAGACGCGACCCUCGUCUACCACGGCCACUUUCCCUCCUACAAAGCUGCUGCUGCUGAGUGUGGGGUACCUGGCCAGCCGUCCCCUGGCUCCCGCGGGAAUACCACUCACAUCAGGUACACCCGUUAGGAAGCAGAAGGAAAAGGCUUUACCUAUCUUCUAAGGAGAGUCAUGGCAUACAACCAAGAGCCUCUAGCCAAGACCCCUGUCAUCAAAUUCAAUGGCCAGGAUUUCACCUCCCUGCGGGAUCGUUGCCUAAGCAGAGGCCUACCAUUUGAGGAUGAGACAUUCCCUGCAGAGCCUUCUUCCAUAGGUCUGCAGCUUCUCCAGGGAAAAGACCUCUCCAGCCUGAGGUGGGUGCGGCCAAAGGAUAUAUUAAAUGGGAAAUCAGAGCCUCACUUCAUCCUGGAAGGUGCAAGCAGAUUUGACAUCCAACAAGGAGAAGCUGGAGAUUGCUGGUUCCUGGCAGCGCUGGGCUCCUUGACUCUGAACCAGCAGCAUCUGCAGAAGAUCCUGAUGGACCAAAGCUUUUCACACCAGUAUGCAGGGAUCUUCCGUUUCCGGUUCUGGCAGUGUGGCCAGUGGGUGGAAGUGGUGGUUGAUGAUCGCCUGCCUGUCCUGAAAAAGGAGUACCUCUUUGUGCGUCCUCGCAGCAACAACCAAGAGUUCUGGCCCUGCCUGCUGGAGAAAGCUUAUGCCAAGUUCCAUGGGUCCUAUGCCAACCUGCACUACGGCUUCCUCCCUGACGCCCUGGUGGACCUCACGGGAGGAGUGGUCACCAACAUCGACCUGAACUUUCCUUCUGACCUGGUGACGAUGGUGAAGACAGCGGCCAAGGCAGGCUCCCUGAUUACCUGCGCCACGCUGGCCGAGCCGACAGGUGUGGCCAGGAGCCUGAAGAAUGGCCUGGUGAGUCAGCACGCAUACACCGUGACUGGAGCCCAGCGGAUUCAGACCUGGAGGAGCUGGGAAGAUCUUCUCCGCCUGUGGAACCCCUGGGGCCACACUGAAUGGAGAGGACGCUGGAGUGAUGAGUCUCUGGAAUGGCAGAAAAUCCCAGACCAACAAAGAAGACAGCUGCAUGAGAAUAAGGAAGAUGGCGAGUUUUGGAUGUCAUGUCAAGAUUUCCGAGACAACUUCUCCUGCCUGCAUAUAUGUAACCAAUUUCCAGUCAGUCUAAACCAAGGAAACGUGCCUCAUGAAAGAUGGUCCCAGGUGAUGUUCAAGAACAGUGCAACUCCAGGAAAUACCACAGAAGGACUUUCGAGGGACACACAGUCCAUCUUCUCUGUGCCAGAGGGCAUGGAAAGCCACAAUGCGAUCAUGUCCAUCAACAUCAUCCCGCAAAAUUUAAAGGCAAAAGACAAAUUUCCACUAAGCCUCAGUGUGUUCAAGGUCGACCCCCAGUUCCAGCACUACCAGAAGUUGCCACCCACCUUCUUUUCUAAAUUCAGAAAUGCUAUCGAGGGCAUAAGUUCCAAAAACAGGGGCAGCCUCACUAAGCGCUACAGUCUGAGCCCUGGGACCUAUGUGGCGGUCACUUCUGCCCACAGUGAAACCGUUGAGUUUUUGCUCCGAAUCUUCCUGAAAAUGCCAGAUGGUAACAGGGACCUGGACAGCAAUUUCAACCUUAUGGCACUAAAGGCGAGUCUUCCGAAAAUUAGCUCCCAGGAAAGCAUCUUCCACAAAUACGCUCAACAGGAACUGAACCUGGAUGCCGCCCAGCUUCAGAACCUUCUCAACCAGGAGUUCCUGACAGGAACUCCGGGGCACACGUUCUCUCUGGAUGAGUGCCGGAGCAUCGUGGCUCUGAUGGACCUGAAGGUGAACGGGCGUCUUGAGCAAGACGAGUUUGCAAGGCUGUGGGGCCGGCUCGUCCACUGCCAGAGAGUUUUCCAGAACAUCCAGAAUCACUCCGGAGUUUUCCUGAGUUUGGAUUUGUGGAAGGCUGUAAGGGAUGCAGGUAAAGCAGGGGCCCCUCGGAGCUGUCAUGACUGGGGCCGUGGUGAUGGCGGGCUGUGUGUGGGAGAGAGAGCACACCCCUUGCAUGCCGUAUGCAAGGCUGCUGCAGGGGGGCUGAGGGUCAGGAGAGAACAGAGCUCCUGUGCACCGCCCCCCCCCGGCCCCCCCGGCUUACACCAGCCUCUGCGGGCCUCCGGGCUCACGACUCAACCCUUGUCCUCCCCAACCUGAGUUCUCGUGUGCCGGUCAAUUGUCCCAAUUGCCUUUUGUCUCCAAACAGCUCUAACUGUGCUAAAAUGACCCCCACAUAAUUGAUGACUCCACAUAAUUGACCCCUCCCAGAGCUCGAGCUCAAGGCCUUCGAGACUCUUCCAUCUCAACCUCUGAGCUGUCGGGGUUACAGCCCUAUGAGCAGGUGGAUACACUGUCCUCCCAGAGGUUGGAGCUAAGUGAAAUCUGUCUGCUUCAAGAAGGCCAGAGCUUUCAGUCCGAGCUUUCAAUCCUCAGAUGAUGACAAGGAUACAGCAUAGGCUGCCUAAGAGCUUCAAGGUUCAGGGAGAACUUGCACUCCUGUCUUCUUACUUGACCGUCUCCACUGCCCUGUGAUUAGGAGUCGUGAUCUGCCCUGUCUCAGUGGAGGAAAUGGAUCACAAGAAGUUUAAGUCAGAAAAUUGCUGCCUUCCUUGAGAAAAUGUAAGCUCAGAUUCCCCCAGGUAAAUGCUGGAAGGAGAGACUCCAUGGCUCUCUCUCCCGCGGGGCCUGAGCCUGGAGAGCAGGGAGAAACAUCUCCCUGCCUUAGCGCCUGUCCUCCCCGUAAUUCUUCCUGCCCAAGAGCAGUGGUUCUCAAACUUGAGUGAGCACCGGAACCCCCUGGAAGCUUGUUCAAGCACAGCUUGUGGACACACCUCAUCCCUCAUCCAAAACUUCUGAUCCAGGAGGGCUUGGGUAGGGCUCAAAAAUCUGUAGUUCUACGAGGUUUCUACAUGAGGCCGAAGCUCUUCGUCUGGGGACCACACUUGGAGAACGCCUGGAUAGCUACAGAAAAAAAUGAAAUUUUAUAAGAGACCACACUGAUGACUCCAGAAUAAGAAAAGGCAGACAGAUAGAAAUGGCUGGGAUCCAACUAAAAUGUCUUCAGGGACCAAGCAGAUAACUGAAUGGGGCAGUGGAGGUACCGUAAGAAAAGAGGGUAAUUUCUGCAUAUGGCGAGCUGGGGAGCGCAAGGUCUAAUGGCGUUCGAAUUCCUAUUUUAUUAAUGCUGGAGAACGGGCCGCCAGGCUCACCCCAUUGAUGGAUGGUUUGGCUUGCAAGGUUCUCCUGUCCCCUGAAAGCUUAUAGGCACGGCCGUUUGCCAGUUUGCUGCUGUCUGCUAUGGGGUUGGUGCCUCCCAGAGCUCAUAAUUAGACACACCCAAAAAGAGCAAGGUGCCUGUGUCUUGCCCACCUGUGGCCACCUUCUGACUAUGGUCUACUCCCGGAGGACCAGCCUCUUUCCUGCUCCGCCAACUUAGGAUGGAAGCUCGCACUUCCAGGGACCGCACUUGCUCACACUAAGAGUGCUCACACCUGAGACCCACAGGCAGUCAUGGGGUCGGGGAACAAUGUGGUUUCACAAGGUCACCGAUCCAGAGAGAGGCCUGAUGGAGGCGGGGCUGGGAGCAAACUCCUGCUGUCCCGGAAGCUGCCUGUUCACAUGGGAAUUAUCCGAUGAUGGUGAAGGCCAAAGUGUCCUCAGUGUCUUGAGUCUCUGGAGUUGGUCUCUGGCCAAACUCCAGAACAAUGUCACCGGGGCCCAGCAGCCAUGAGGGGGGGGCAACUGGAGAAUUAGUAAAAACACGAACUGAAGAGAACUAGCCCCUGAGCCAGACAGAAUAGGGAACAGUGGUAGAAGGCCACCACCCCGAGUGGCUUCUUAGACUUUGCAUGUGAGAGGACAGGACCUGCUCCAGCCUCCUGCUGCUCACUAACCCACCCCGCGGUCCAGGCUUCCUUGCAGGGAUCUCCGUCAGCAACGAGCUGCUGGACCUCAUGACCCUCCGGUACGGUGACAGCAGCGGCAGGGUCAGCUUCCCUAGCCU